CGGCGAGCCGGGGAGCCACAGCCGCCCGCGCCCCGAGCCGACGGCCUCCCUGCGCUCGCCGCGUCAACAAGCCUCCGGCCCGCCCCUCGCCGGCCCGCGCGGCAGGCGCUCGCGCCUCCGGUGGCCCGCGGGCUCUUCCUCCGUCCGGAGAGCGCGGCUGGCUGCGUAGCCGCUGCCUACGGAGCGGCCGCGCUCGGCGGCGCAAGCAGACGCUGGAGCGCGCCGUGAACCUCGGAGCCCAGGGACGCCGAGCGGGAACUGGGCAGUGGGCCUCAGCUUGCAGGCUUCUGCUCUCCCCCCUGCUUGAGCUCCACCCUGAUGCUUCCCUGGACUGACUGGGGCCUUGCUGGGCAAAGCCCACUUUGAGGGUCUCCUUCGAGUCCCCCACCAGCGUUCAUGGAUCUGAGACCGCCUGUGCUGCUUUUGUGGUGGGCUCUGAUGGUGGCCGUGGACUUCCUGGCCAGAGAGGUCCUGAGCCAGCACAUCUACACCAACACCUGGGCAGUGUUGGUCCCUGCAGGGCCCCAGGAAGCGGAGCGGCUCGCCCGGAAGCACGGAUUCCUCUACCUGGGGCCGAUCAUUGCAGACUAUUACCACUUCCACCACCGGGCGGUGGCCAAGCGGUCGCUGUCUCCCCACCGGUCUCGGCACUCCUACUUGAGCAGGGAGCCCCAGGUGGCCUGGCUGGAGCAGCAGGUGGCAAAGCGCAGGACGAAGCGGGAUGCCUUCCUGGAGCCGACGGAUCCCAAGUUCCCGCAGCAGUGGUACCUGUCGAACGGGAACCAGCGAGACCUGAAUGUGCAGGAGGCGUGGCAGCAGGGCUACACCGGCCGCGGCAUCGUGGUCUCCAUCUUGGAUGACGGCAUCGAGAAGAACCACCCAGACCUGGAGGCCAACUAUGACCCCGCGGCCAGCUUCGACGUGAACGACCAGGAUGCUGACCCGCAGCCACGCUACACACAGAUGAAUGACAACAGGCACGGCACACGCUGUGCGGGCGAGGUGGCUGCCGUGGCCAACAACGGCAUCUGCGGCGUGGGCGUGGCCUACAAUGCCAAGAUCGGAGGGGUCCGCAUGCUGGACGGAGAGGUGACAGACGCGGUGGAGGCGCGCUCGCUGGGGCUCAACCCCAACCACAUCCACAUCUACAGCGCCAGCUGGGGUCCCGAGGACGACGGCAAGACGGUGGACGGGCCGGCCCGGCUGGCCGAGGAGGCGUUCUACCGCGGGGUCAGCCAGGGCCGCAACGGGCUGGGCUCCAUCUUCGUCUGGGCCUCUGGGAACGGCGGCCGCGACCACGACAGCUGUAACUGCGACGGCUACACCAACAGCAUCUACACGCUCUCCAUCAGCAGCACCACGCAGUACGGCAACGUGCCCUGGUACAGCGAGGCCUGCUCCUCCACGCUGGCCACCACCUACAGCAGCGGCAGCCAGAACGAGAAGCAGAUUGUGACGACGGACCUCCGGCAGAAGUGCACCGACUCGCACACCGGCACCUCGGCCUCCGCCCCCCUGGCGGCCGGGAUCAUCGCGCUCGCUCUGGAGGCCAACAAGAACCUGACCUGGCGGGACAUGCAGCACCUCGUGGUGCGGAGCUCCGAGCCUGCCCACCUCAACGCCAACGACUGGGCCACCAACGGCGUGGGCCGCAAAGUCAGCCACUCCUAUGGGUAUGGCCUCCUGGACGCGGGGGCCAUGGUGGCCCUGGCCCGGAACUGGACCUCUGUGGGGCCUCAGCGGAAGUGCAGCAUCGACAUCCUCACGGAGCCAAAGGACAUCGGGAAGCGCCUGGAAGUGCGCCAGAAGGUGGACGCCUGCCAGGGGAAGGCCAGCCAUGUGGGCCUGCUGGAGCACGUCCAAGCCCGCCUCACCCUCUCGUACAACCGGCGGGGUGACCUGGCCAUCUACCUGGUCAGCCCCAUGGGCACCCGCUCCACCCUGCUGGCUGCCAGGCCCCACGACUAUUCUGCGGACGGCUUCAAUGACUGGGCAUUCAUGACAACCCACUCGUGGGACGAGGACCCCUCUGGCGAGUGGGUGCUGGAAAUAGAGAACACGAGUGAAGCCAAUAAUUAUGGCACCCUCACCAAGUUUGUGCUCGUGCUCUACGGGACGGCCAGCGACCCGCCCAGCUUCUCCAACCAGCUGGAGAGCACGGGAUGCAAGACGCUCGCCACGAGCCAGGCCUGCGUGGUCUGCGAAGAGGGCUUCUACCUGCACCAGAAGAGCUGCCUCAAGAGCUGCCCGCCUGGCUUCGCCCCCGGCCCCGCGCCAGCCCCGCUGGAGAACAGCCUGGACCCGCACCUGCGCCCCCGGCUCUGCACGCCCUGCCACCCCUCCUGUGCCACCUGUGCGGGGCCCGCGCCGGACCAGUGCCUCUCCUGCCCGGCCCACGCCCACUUCAGCAGCCAGGAGCACACCUGCUCACACCCGAUGCAGAGCAGCCGCGCCUCGCCAGCCCUGGGGGAGGGGGUGACGUUCGCUGGCCCCACCAGUGGCCUGCCUGUCCUGGUGGCUGGCCUGAGCUGUGCCUUCAUCGUCCUGGUCUUCGUCGUGGUCUUCCUCAUGCUGCAACUGCGCUCGGGCCUGCGGGGGGGCAAGGCUUUCACGCUGGAGCAGGGCGGCCUCAUCGCCUACAAGGGGCUGCCCUCAGAGACCUGGCCGGAGGAGGAGGAGGAGGAGGAGGGCGAGAGCGAGAGGACUGCCUUCAUCAGAGACCAGCGUGCCCUUUGACGAGCCCGUGGCCCCGGCACGGCGGGGGGCCCCGAGGGCCCAGGUCUCUGCUCGGGGUCAGCUAGAUGCUGCUGGAGAGCGCGCUCGGCCCCCGCCCUCGUUCAACUCACCAAAGUGAUUUUUAGACAGCCAGUUUGUCCCCAUCGUGGCAGGAGGGACAGCAGUGGCCUCCCUCCGUGUGGGGUGAGGGCUGUGGGGGGGGAGCAGGGGGCAAAGACCCUCCUCUCAGGCCCAGGAGAGAGCCUUGUCCCCAGGCGGCUGGGGAACCGAGCCCCCUUCCUGGUGGGCCAGGUCCCCGGCUGCCGCCUCCUGGCCCCGAAGAACAGCCCGAGCCUCGUCCCCUCCCCCCCGUCCGUGGGGCUGGCACCUCUGCCUUUGACCUUCUCCUUGCCCAACCGCCCCCAUGCCCUCUUCCCUGAGAUGCCCCCCAGCCUGGGCGGAGAGCUGGGCUCCUCUUCCACACAUGUCUGCAGAGCUGGGACGGGCAGCGCCGUGCCCCCUGCGGCCCAAGCGGGACCCCCAGGGAGGGGCAGCAGUUCGCUUGCCCGCCGAGCCGCGCGCGCCGCUUCCGGACCUGCCCAAAGUCACUGGAGCUUCCACCUUUCCUCAUGUGCCUUGUUGCCCUUCCUCCUCUCGGAUGACAAUCUCUCACUGGUCUUGGGCUUCUGCCCCCCACCCCCCAGCUUGGCCCUGGCUCCCUGCUGCUGGCCCCGGGGAGGGGCUGCCUGGUGGAGGCUGCGCAGUGGGGCAGAAGAGAGGCUGCCCAGGACUCGUUUUCUAUCAUAACUUUUUGGUGCACAGAUAAUUUCUUGUAAUUUAAAGCAGGAGCUGAUUCCUGCGGCCAGUGUUUUUUUAAUUUAAUGGAUGUGGAUAUAACGCUAGAGAGAUUAAAGUUUAUUAAAUGUUGGAACUAUGCAA